UCGGGGUGGGGACGCCUUGCGAGGAACGGGCGGGGGGGGACGCGCGCCGAGGAGGCCUGGACCGCAUAGUGGGGGGCCUUCGUCCCCCCCCCCCGCCCGGCCAGCGGGCCUUGGAUCUACGGCGGCUGCAUCCGACCCGGAGGGGAGCCGCGCCUAGCGUGAACCCCGACCCUUCUCCGCCGGGACUGGGGCCCAGCGCCCCGGAGGAAGGCGUCGCGGGCGCUCGGAGAGCCAAGUUCGAGGCGGGGGAGGCAGCCUCGGGCGCGCCCGGCUUCUCCGGGGGGGCGGGCGCGCAGAUGGCCACUCAGGUGGAGCCGCUGCUGCCGGGGGGCGCCCCACUCUUGCAGGCCGAAGAGCACGGGGGGUUGGUGAGGAAGAAGCCGCCGCCGUCGUCCGAGGGCAAGGGCGAGCCCGGGGCGAACGACGUCGGAGGGGGGGAGCCGGACGGCGGCGUCCGGAGACCUCGGCCGCCCUGCGCCAAGCCACACAAGGAGGGCACAGGGCAGCUGGAGCGCGAGAGCCCGCGGCCGCCGCAGCCGCCUGGCGCCGAGGGCCCGGCCGUCAGCGACGGGGAAGAGGGCGGCGGCGGCGGCGAGCCGGCCGCUGGCGGAGGAGCUGCCGGAGCCGCGGGCGCCGGGCGCCGAGACUUCGUGGAGGCCCCUCCGCCCAAGGUGAACCCGUGGACUAAGAACGCGUUGCCGCCGGUCCUGGCCACCGUGAACGGACAGUCUCCUCCAGAACAUGCUGCUCCGGCCAGGGUGGUGAGGGCAGCAGUUCCUAAACAGCGCAAAGGUAGCAAGGUUGGUGACUUUGGAGAUGCAAUCAACUGGCCAACACCUGGAGAGAUAGCCCACAAGAGUGUGCAGCCACAGUCCCACAAGUCUCAGCCUGCCCGCAAGCUGCCACCCAAAAAAGACAUGAAGGAACAGGAGAAAGGAGAGGGGAGUGAUAGUAAGGAGAGCCCGAAAACCAAAUCAGAUGAAUCGGGGGAGGAGAAGAACGGGGAUGAGGACUACCAGCGAGGCGGGCAGAAGAAGAAAGGGAACAAACACAAGUGGGUUCCGUUGCAAAUAGACAUGAAGCCUGAAGUGCCCAGAGAGAAACUGGUCUCUCGCCCUACUCGCCCGCCAGAGCCACGACACACACCUGCCAACCGCGGGGAGAUCAAAGGGUCUGAGCCUGCCACCUACGUGCCCGUGCCCGUGGCCCCCCCCACCCCAGCCUGGCAACCAGAGACCAAAUCGGAGCCUGCCUGGCACGACCAGGAUGAGACAUCGAGUGUGAAGAGUGAUGGGGCUGGUGGGGCGCGGGCUUCCUUCCGUGGCCGUGGACGGGGGCGUGGUCGCGGCCGGGGACGCGGCCGGGGUGGCACUCGAACCCAUUUUGACUACCAGUUCGGCUACCGAAAGUUUGACGGUGCAGAGGGGCCGCGCACCCCCAAGUACAUGAACAACAUCACCUACUACUUUGACAAUGUCAGCAGCACUGAGCUUUACAGCGUGGACCAGGAGCUGCUUAAAGACUACAUCAAACGCCAGAUUGAAUACUACUUCAGCGUGGACAAUUUAGAGCGAGACUUCUUCCUGCGACGGAAAAUGGAUGCUGACGGUUUCCUUCCCAUCACACUUAUUGCGUCCUUCCACCGAGUACAGGCCCUUACCACUGACAUUUCACUCAUUUUUGCGGCCCUAAAGGACAGCAAGGUGGUGGAGAUCGUUGAUGAAAAAGUCCGCCGAAGGGAGGAGCCAGAGAAAUGGCCUCUUCCUGGUCCCCCAAUAGUGGAUUAUUCCCAGACUGAUUUCUCCCAGCUUCUCAACUGCCCAGAGUUUGUGCCCCGCCAGCACUAUCAGAAGGAGACAGAGUCGGCGCCUGGCUCUCCCCGUGCUGUCACACCAGUGCCAACUAAAACAGAGGAGGUCAGCAACCUAAAGACCCUGCCCAAGGGCCUGUCUGCCAGCCUCCCUGACCUGGAUUCUGAGAACUGGAUUGAAGUGAAGAAAAGACCUCGGCCCUCCCCAGCACGACCCAAGAAGUCAGAGGAGCCCCGGUUCCUCCACCCGACUACUCUGCCUCAGCAGCUGCCCUCUCAGCAGCUGAUGUCCAAGGAUCAAGACGAGCAAGAGGAACUGGAUUUCCUGUUUGAUGAGGAAAUGGAGCAGAUGGAUGGGCGGAAGAACACCUUUACCGCCUGGUCUGAUGAGGACUCUGACUAUGAGAUUGAUGACCGGGAUGUCAACAAGAUCCUCAUUGUCACCCAGACGCCACCUUACAUGCGCCGGCACCCGGGGGGGGACCGCACAGGCAACCACACCUCGCGUGCCAAGAUGAGCGCUGAGCUGGCCAAGGUCAUUAACGAUGGGCUCUUCUACUACGAGCAGGACCUGUGGACUGAGAAGUUUGAACCCGAGUAUUCCCAGAUCAAGGCUAGGGCAGUCUUCUUACCAGCAUCCCUCCCCCGCUGCCCCACCCCAAUCUCGUAUCCUCUGCAGCAAGAAGUCGAGAACUUCAAGAAAGUCAACAUGAUCAGUCGGGAGCAGUUUGACACACUAACCCCUGAGCCCCCUGUGGAUCCCAACCAAGAGGUCCCUCCUGGACCACCUCGCUUCCAGCAAGUUCCCACUGACGCCCUGGCCAACAAGCUGUUUGGUGCCCCCGAGCCCUCCACCAUUGCCCGCUCUCUACCAACCACUGUCCCAGAGUCGCCAAACUAUCGCAACGCCAGGACCCCUCGCACUCCCCGGACACCGCAGCUCAAAGACUCAAGCCAGACGUCACGGUUUUAUCCAGUGGUGAAGGAAGGUCGGACGCUAGAUGCUAAGAUGCCUCGGAAAAGGAAGACCAGACACAGCUCGAACCCACCCUUGGAGAGUCACGUGGGCUGGGUGAUGGAUUCCCGCGAGCACAGGCCCCGGACUGCUUCCAUAAGCUCCAGCCCCUCAGAAGGCACGCCUGCGGUUGGCAGCUAUGGCUGUACCCCUCAAUCGCUGCCCAAGUUCCAGCAUCCUUCCCACGAGCUGCUCAAGGAAAACGGCUUCACACAACACGUCUACCACAAGUAUCGUAGGCGCUGCCUUAACGAGCGGAAACGCUUGGGCAUUGGCCAGUCUCAGGAGAUGAACACUCUCUUCCGCUUCUGGUCCUUCUUCCUCCGAGAUCACUUCAACAAAAAGAUGUAUGAGGAGUUCAAGCAGCUGGCUCUGGAGGAUGCCAAAGAAGGCUACAGAUAUGGUUUGGAGUGCCUUUUUCGAUACUACAGUUAUGGCCUGGAAAAGAAGUUCCGGCUGGACAUAUUUAAGGACUUUCAGGAGGAAACCGUGAAGGACUAUGAAGCUGGUCAGCUGUAUGGGCUGGAGAAGUUCUGGGCCUUCUUGAAAUAUUCCAAAGCCAAAAAUUUGGACAUUGACCCCAAACUUCAAGAAUACCUCGGCAAAUUCCGACGUCUUGAAGACUUCCGAGUGGAUCCCCCCAUGGGUGAGGAGGGCAACCACAAGCGACACCCAGUGGCAGCAGGAGGUGGCAGCGGCGAGGGCAGGAGGCGGUGCCCCUCCCAGUCUUCCGGCAGGCCCUCCGCCGUGGUCGGCCAACCCCCCACACCAGCUACCGGCCAGCCCAUCCGAGAAGACGCUAAAUGGACAAGCCAGCACUCAGACGCACAGACUUUGGGAAAGUGAAAAACCCUUUAGCCCUGGGGUUUUGUGGGGAGAAGGGAUGGAGGGGGUAGGUGAGAGUCUGUGGGGGUGCCCAGUCCCAGGAGAGGGGACAGAGAAGGGACAGGCCUGUAGUCGUUAGGAUGGGCCUUUGUGCUGAGUAGCAGCGUGUACACCAUUUGGGCUAUCAGAGGCGCCCCUGGGCAGGAGCCUCCACACACCCCUUCCCUCUUCUCUCUCCAUGGCUCUUCUUCACAUCCUAGCUUCUUCUGGGGGGGGGGAGGGUAAGGGGGGAAAUUUUUUUUAUAUAUAUAUAUAUAUACAUAUAUAUAUAUCAAGUUUUAAAUUAUUGAUAGUUCGUCUGGAUUACCAAAAUCACUCUGCAGCCCUGCCCGCGGCUGGUAGGCCGCAACCCUGGUCCCCAUCCACAGCUGCGUCCUGCUCCCCCGCCAGCCAACUAUGCAGCCCACAGAAAGGCCCUGUGGGCCCCAUUGCCCAGCACUGUUUCACAGAACGCUCUGGCAGCGUCCCUGGGCCCCACGAGCACCAGCCCCUUGAUCAUCUGGGGCUUGCCAUCACCUUGUUCUCUCCCUGCUGUCCCUACCACGCCCUCCUGCCAUCUUCCGGGAGAAGGAAACCAAAGGAUCUAGAAGUGGGGGUGGGGAAGGUUUCGGCCUCUCUCCACUCCCCUCCCCCCAUGCCUCUUACUCCCCAGCCCAGAGAGACGCUGCUCGUACCAGAAGAGACUAUUGAAAGAUGAUUUAUUUUAUUUUUCUCUGACCUUUCCAUCCUUGGGAAAAUGGAAAAGAAAAAAAAAAAAAAAAGACAAAAUCGACCAUAAAAGACCAAAAAAAACCAUCAGAAAACCCCCACCUAAUCCACAGAAAGUGAUGUCUUUCCCCUACCCUUGGAAUUUUCUUGUUUUGUUCUUGGAAAUAGUAUUUUUUUAAAAGUUGCCUUAUUGUGGAGUGGGAAUCUGAAAUACCCAAAUGCCUGUUUUCCUCGGUGGAGUCAACUCGAAGAGCUCCCACCUUCUCUGGAUGUGCCUGGGCUGGAUUGACUAGAAUCUGUCUCUGGAUUGAGUUGCAUGUACAGUGCCUCCUGCCUGUAGGCAAGAGAGUUGGGGGCGGCUCAGAUCAGAGCCGUGCCCAGAAUAUCUCCGCUGUUGCAUCAUUUGAAGCUGACGUCCCGUGUCUGUACACUGCUGCCACUGUCGUGUCCUUGCUCUGCUUGCUGUUGCCUCACGCCAGGGCCCGUCCUGCCGUGACACCCUUCAUCCUACCCUUGGAACGCCAAGGCCAAGUUUGCUUCAGACUGUUGGAGGACAGCGUUGGCCUGGAUCUGGGACACACUCGUCCUCGGCUUGACUGUCUCCCCCACCUCAGAGGGGAAAGGUGAACACUUGGCAGCUGAGGCUUGGAAACCUUUCUUGCGUUCCCUUGAUAGAUCUCUGAGACCUCGAGGAGGCUUUGUCUCUUAAAAGGUGGAGAGAGAUGCCGUUCUCCUCCCUUGGGCCGGGUGGGUAUCCCCAUCUUGCGCCCCGCCCCCUCUGCAAGCCAUCUCUGCCCACCCUCCAGUUGACCCCGCCUGGGAACGAGAGAUUGAGGAGGCUUUGAGGGUGGGGGGGGGGGGUCCUGCCAGUUGGAGAAGCCCUGUGGCAGGAAGGUAUAUGUGGACAUAGAGUAUACCUGACUUCUCCAGCCACUGACUGCUUGACUUGGGCUGUGAAUGACAGUGGAAUGGCUGGAGUCUCCUGGCAUCCAGAGCUAGGGAGGGUGACCCAAAACUGACCCUCACAAACGGGGCUGGGUGCGGGUAUGCCAACACGCUCACCACAGGGUGGUGGUGGUCAUGUGCUCACGCCUCUUGGCCCUUGUCAACUGCUUCCUCUGUCGGGCCCUAAAGCUGGGAGUCGGAGACAGUAUCUCAGGCUGGCUAGGGCUUGCCCUAUGUCUUGGGCACCUCAUUGCUUUGGCCUGUGCCCUCCCCCAUCUCUGGCCUCCCAGCAGUUAGUAUGGGGAAGCCCAUCUUAGUUCCUGUGAGCCGGUUGUCUCGAAAGCCAAGGAUGAGUGUCUGGUCUCUGCUCUGACAGUGGGGUUUGAGGCCUCUCCCUGCCCAAUCUGGUGCCUGCCCCACAAUGUGCCAGACACUGGACGCCCUCCUCCUUCCCUUCAUUGCCUCUUUCUUUCCUUUGGGUUGCUCGGCCCUGUACUGUAUCCAGCACCACAGAAACCUCAGUGUUUGUCCUCUGCUGGGUUUGGGGGCACAAGGAAGCCUUGGGAGUAUGGGGAAAGGCUGUUCUUAUCUAGAGUUUACUCCCAGGCCAGGGGGCUGCCAUCCUCUCCCUGAUCCUCCCCACAGACACCCCACAAAGAGGAAGCCCCUUUUGGGUGGGGAGGUGAGGACGUCAUCUCAACACAGGCUGGGGUUGGGGGGGCUUUUUUCUUCCUUUUUUUCUUUCCUUUUUUUUUUUUUUGUAACAUGUUCGGAGUUAAUGUUGCAAAGAGUAGUUUACAUCUUCACUUUCUGAAGACACUUGAAUUUAGGACCGAUGUAUCUGUGACAAGCACCAUCCUCCAUGGGGAUCCAAGAUCGGAGACACAAAGCAACAGCCUGCCCAAAUCCUUCUGUUCAUCCUGUUCCCUUCCAAGAUUGGUCCAUGCCAACACAGCCUUUGGGCACCAAACAUCAGAAGGUCUGUGUACCUCGGCCCUGCUAAGGGGCAGGUUUCUCUCGUGCUCUCCUGAAUCUGGGAGUAAAGGCACUACCAGGAGAGAGGGGCUGCCCGACCCUGCCCCAGCCUGGACCCCUUGGGCUCAGAUCCAGGUGCAGAGCCCCCCGUGUCAAAGUUGUUAUGUUUUUGUUUUGUUCUAUUGUAGCUCUUUUUUUCCCUUUCCUGAUGAUUGGUUUUUGAAAAGAAAGUUGCUCAGAAAGCCCUGGCAGUGGGAAGGAGGGGCAAGAAGGACAACUAGCUUAUAGGGAGGGUGGUGGUUUUUUGCCAGAAGCCUGGGUAGAGCGGUCUGAAUCGCCUGGUGCCUCCUGAGCGGGGGCCCCAGGUCUCUCCUGUGUGCGCAGGGCCCGGGAUGUGCCCCAGCCCCACCCUCUCCUUCAGCCGUGUUGAUAGCAGAGGCAGAGAAGAUAAGAGCAUACAGCCCAUUUCUGACUGGAGAGGAAAACUUGUCACCGGCUUUGCGGAGAAGGUUCCACCUUAUGCUCAUAGUACAUUAUCUUUACCAUGUGCUAGGAUAUCACACUUACAAGGACAAAAAAAUGUAAAAUACUUGAAUGAGCUUGUAUUAUAACAUUAAUAUUAUUGAGAGUAUCUGCUUUCCAGGCUGAAGUGAUUCAUUCAUUAUUCUAGUCCUGCUUUAGUCGUUUGUAAUUUGUGGUAAUUAUGCUUUUCUUUUUAAUACAAAAAAAUGUAUAAAAAUAAAAAGUUGAAAAGGCAAAA